CUGCAUGUAGUUGAUUGAUGUAGAGUUGGUGGAAGAGGGGAUGGAGCUGUGAUGGGAUUAUUUGGUUAACGUGAAGGUGUUCUUUGUUUCAUAAGAGUUUUGAAAAGAUGUAAUAUGUAUUUUAUUGAGAAGAAAAAAUGUUUUGGGCGUAAUCCUUUUAAUCAUUUAUAAUCAGUGGCUGUUAUAUUAGUAAUAUUUUGUGGCGUAACAUUAAAGAAACACUGUGUAGCGAUGAGUUAAAUCUGAAAAUAAGGUACAUAAAUAAAGCCUAAGGUGAUCAUAAAUAUAGGAGUAGUUUCGUUUUAAUUAUAAACAAAAACAUAAUUUAAAGCCUGCGGCCACGUGUACAACGUUUCAUUCUUCUUGCAAUGAUCAGACAUUUAACUCAUAAGUUGCGUUCACAAACACUAAAUGAGAGCGAAUCAUUCCACUCGAAGCCACAUGCUGAUGAUGAACGGGAUUCCGGAACAGAAUCUGAUGAUGAAGGGGCAGAAGCAGAAGAAUUGCAGAAGUGUGAGUCAGAGUCUGUUAUGGAAAAUGUUCAGAUGGAAGGCAGGAAAAGAAAACUGAGGACAGGCAGAAGCCCUCGAGCCCUGAUGGGUGAACAGGUGGACACUAGUAGAGAGGUUCAACAACAGCUUUUAUGUGCUUCUAAGACCGACAUGGACAGUCCUCUGCCAGAACCAGCACUAGAUUCUGCACUGCCAAGUGACAGUGAUCAUAACUUUGACCAUCACAGCUCUGAGGAGGAGUUAGAAGUUAUUAACUGUGGUGGAAAUGUAAUCACACGGAACAAUAUAUACCCUGAAAAAAGGAAGUGGUCACAAGCUAAUCGAUUUAGUGGUGGAGAAAACUCUGCAUCCUCAGAUGAUGAAUUAAGGGACGUUGUGUGUAUAUCGACUCCUGUGGAGUUCUGUGCUUCCCCUCCUGCUAAUGUGCACAAACCUAGUAGAUCUCUUUCACCCCCACCAAAAGUCUUUCAUUCAGCCUCUGCCAACAUCCCUUCUUUUGAAGUAUGUUCUGUUUCCCCUCGUAAUUUAUCUCCUCGUAAGAAACAUAGACAUAUGCAUGCCAGUGGGGGAGGUGGGGGAGCAAACAUCCAGCGGCCAUGUUUGGAUUUUGAGAAAAUGCAACAGCGUCUCGCAACUCGAACCCUUCUCUUCGUCUUGCAUCAUCUCGUUGCCAUAGUGACGAGACGUGAGGCCUAAAGGUUUUAAUCGUUUGCAGCCAUAUUGAACAUGUGGCGCCUGACCUAGUGAACAAUGCCUUGACACUGGAGCCUAUGGAGUUGAUCAAUGGUCGUGGAAUCCUUUUAGCUUACGGAACUUGUGAGAUAUAAUGAGACGGCAGUAUUUGUGUGGACAGACAAGAUUUUCUUAUCUAUACGUUUGUUAAUUUGUUUCAAACAGUGUUGAAAACACACUGUCUUGGAGAAAAAGCAAAACGUAACUAUUAAGUUAAAAACGUUGAACAUUAAUAAAAAAUAAAUAAAAUGAUAGUCUUACAAAAACAGAAAGAAAUACCAGAAGUUUUAAGAAUAAUAGUUAGGGUUAUUUUAAUUGAGAAAAGAAUACUGGAUGUUUUUACUUUGUUAUACUAUUAUAGAAGUUGAUUCAUACAUGCAGUUCAGCGUGGGAGGGUUUUCGUUCUCAUGUGGGUAAGGUCGGGCAAACUAACAUUCAUUACGAGAUUGCAGAACUGGGAACGAAAGAUUUCCAAAAGCUUUCAGUAAUUGAAAAGUUAGGGUAUUAAGAGAGAGUUGAUUUAACGAGCCUAAAUGUACUAUACUAACUUUUUGACACGUUUACACGGAUUACGUGUGAAAGUUCGUUUUGGAAGUUUUAGAAACUCAGCAUUGCAGUGUUCGUGAAAUAUGCUUUUACUCAUUUCAGACGUCAAAAAGAGAUUUUUUUUUCAAAUUAUUAAAAUACGUUGUAUAAAAUAGUGCCCCUCCUCAUCAAUAUAAAAUGUUUGAAACUAUUACAAAAUAUUUGACUGUACCUGUAUAAUGGUAUAGUAUGUGGUUAAAGGACCAUUUCUCUGUAGCCACACACAGUUCAUUCGUGUUACUGACCCCAGAAAUAACGUUCACCGAGUCAGUUAUGUUCAUGAACCGUGGAUUGUUUCCAUUCUUUUCUUGUAAGAUGUGAAUUGAAACAAUAUUGCAACGAAAACGAGUCAAUUGAGUGAAUUAUUAUGUUUUUUGGGGAGAAAUUCCCCUUUAAAAUACAUUUGCUAACUGAGUUUAAUUGCAACCUUCAACGAGUUUGAAUUAAUCAAUAUAUUUCAAAUUGCACCUAUUGAAAUUUAGGUCAAUAAAGAUAUUAUCAUAUUUUCGGUGCCUUUGAAAAUUUAUGGAGACUAAAGUUAGGCUUGCACUACGCCAGUAUGUUGACCCAGCAUUGUUUUAAUUUUAAUAAUGUUUUCAUGUUUCACUAAAAUAUGUUGGGCUAAUAUGUUAGCAAUUUUUUUGCUAAGAAAUAAAUUGUGUUUUCGCUGAGAGUCGAAAAAGAAAUACAUGAUUGGUAAUGUCAAGCAUGCUCAGCAGUAGUGGUAGUGUAGAACCUCCACGCAACACACACAGUUGUCGUCCUAUGUACUUCUUUGGAGUUGACAUUGUUUCGCAGUGUAGAGUGGUCACGUCAAUCAAUCAUUUAAUUACUUGAAUAAUUUUAUUGAAGAUUAGGGCUGUGGUACGUAAGUUCUGCAGAUCUUAGAAACCGAAAUAAGGUGGAAGAUGAAGAUGCACUUGUAAGAUCGUUCAUCAACGACCCAAAUUCACCACGUGUUCUACAAAAAGUUUCGUACUUGUCUCCUUCGACUUUUUCUCUUCUGUGACUCAUUUAAAAUGACAAUACAAGUUACGCUGCAAGUAAGAAGUUCAUUUAACGAAUUCGUGACAGCUACUGAGGCGCAAAAAAAGUGUUUUUAUUUUACAAAUAUGUACUUUAACAUGAACACGAUUCUACCAGAAUGUUUUGUUGGUCCCCAUCUCCAACAUGUUGAUGUAGUGUAAACCUACCUUACGUUGAAACAUAUCUGCCAACAUUUAUUUGUUUUCUAUAAGUGAGAAAGAUGUUGCCUCGACAUAUACGGUUAUUAAAAAUAGUCCCAUUUUGGUCAAUUCCCGCGUUUACUUCAAUUCAAAUACUACCUUAGCUAUGUAGCCAGUAAUUCGAGCCGUCAAAUACCUAAACAGUACAAUUGGAAUAUAUCAGUCAAAUAUCCACAAGAAAUAACUACUCGUUGGUUACUGUAAUAAUUUGAUUUAUAAUUGGCGGUUCUCUAUGAAAUUGUCGAUUUUUGGUAGAAAAUACAAAUAUAGUGAAGAUACUUAUAAAAAAAACUAGAUAGAGUUUACAGGUAU